AUGGAGGAUGCAGGACAGGAUGAUGAGGCGUUCGAAACCCCAGAAGAGCGCAUGGCAUGGUUGCGCGCCAGGGGGGUGCGCAUCGAGGAGCCGGGCCAAUCAAGUGGGCCUGCACCCAGUGGCCAAGGCCGCAGCUUCGCUUUCGUUCGCAUCCCCGUUGAGGAUGCGCAGACUUGUGAGGAGCUCGAUGGUCCCCACUGCAAGGGUGACGCACUUCCAACAUUGUUAGGGCCGCGCUUUGCUGGCUGCAGCCUGUCCGACGAGGAACUGCGUGCUUAUGCUGCCGCACAAGGACAAGCUGGAGUGGACCUGGCCGUGUUGCGAAAGCUGGUGAUGCGGGGACAGGCAGAGUCCUUCAGCCUGGCCGUGCCUACAGCCGCGAACGGCAGAGAAGCAGUCUACGCCUAUCUCGAUGAGGCCUCAGAGCUGAAAGGCCUGGCCGUGAAUGAGAGGGCGAGUGCUGUCGCCCGGUCCUGUGGCUUCCCAUCGAGCUGCCGACUGCGAGGCGAUGUGUACAUCGGACGCUUGAAAUGGAGCGAUGGCGGGCUGGUAGAGAAUGUGGACUUCCGAAUCGGGGAGUUGCAACCCGGGGCACCGUGGAUGCAGCGAGCUGUGACAGAGAAUUUGGAACAGCAGAAGGCAACACAGCCAGAGCAGCAUGCAGCCGCCCAAGGCGGAGAUCCUGAUCAGAGAGCUGAGGGUGUUGGGGAUGGGUACACGUGGAAGGACGACGAUGAGGAGCUGGAAAUUCUUCUGGAUGUGCCAGAAUCGACCAAGAGGAAAGAUGUAAAGAUCGAGUUCCGACGUCAAGAGGUGCGAGUUUCCAAGCCGAACACCCUGACGCUGAAAUUGUUCAAGAAUGUCGAGGUCGAUGGCUGCUCUUGGACCAUUGGCAAGCCUGGGCAGCUUGUGUUGACCUUGCUGAAGGCCGAUGCAGCCCCAUGGCCACAGCUGCUCAAGGCUAAGAGCGCCGCAAGCGAAAAGCGGACGGUGGGUCUGCCAGAAGUGUGCAAUGCCGACCGCAAAGUCCUUGGCUUGCAUGACAUGACUUCCAUGGCAGCGUUGCAACCUGCCGUGGUUCACGGUCUCAUAAGGUGCGGAAAUUGGUGUCAUCGGCCGGUGACUCGUCGCGGUUGCGAUGAAGGCCGUAAAAGCUCCGAGUCGGACGUGGACCUUCAAGUCUCCGACUCUCCAGGGAAGGAGAUGCGGCGGUUCUGGCGCCGCCGCCAGCGGCUAGAAACAAGCGAUGGGAACCCGGCAGAGCCAACGGCUCGCUGUCCACCCCUCACAGCUCCGGACCCAGAUGACUACCCUUCGGACCUGUCUGAGAAGGUGGAUGCUGUGCAGCGGCUGCUCGGGCAGCGUCUGGACGAAGAUGCUGUGGACCGAGGCUUGGAGGUGAUGGCAUCUCCGGAACCCCUCCACUACCGGCACCGGGUGAAGUUCGAUUUGCAGCACGACGGUGACACGGUACGCUACGUCGUCUUUGACCCUGACAGUACAGAAUGGCUGGCUGUCGAUUCCUAUCCGUUGGCUUCCCGACGCAUCAACCGCCUCAUGUCAGAUCUGCUCGACCUACUGGCACACGAGGCCAAGCUCCGGGAGAAAGCUUUCCAGGUCGAGCUCAUCUCUACAACAAGAGACGAAGCGCUCGCCUGCAUCCUGUAUCACAGGAGACUCUCUCUGGAGGAUGACAAGCUGCAAGCCCAACAGGCGGCAGCCGCUCUGGAUGCGGUGGUGGUGCUUCGGGCGAAGGGUCAGCGCUUGGCUUGGCCGGCACGCCGCAGCUUUCUUGUGCAGGAGAACGAGAUUGAGGGCAAAGCCUACCCUCAAUGGCUCAUGGAGAACAGCUUCUUCCAAGCAAAUCUCCACCUGAAUCGGGAGAUGCAGUCCUGGGUCGCUGCUCAGACACAAAUCGAAGGAGAAGCCCGCGACCUCCUGGAAAUGUACUGCGGAAACGGCAACUUCACACUGCCUGUUGCCGGCAACUUCCGCCGUGUGCUCGCCAAUGAGAUAGACGAGCCAGCAGUGAGAGGGGCAGAAAUAUGCGCGAAGAAGGCGGAUGUGCACAACAUACAAUUUCGCAGAUGCCGAGCGGAGAGCUUGGUUCUGGAGAGCCAAAUCCGACCUGUUGGCCCUUAUGACUUCUCCACCCUGCUUGUGGACCCUCCGCGCUCCGGGCUAGAUGACCGUUCCCGGGCGAUGGUGGAAAGCUUCGAAAACUUGAUCUACGUCUCCUGCAAUCCAAGGUCUUUGGCACGCGAUCUUGAAGCCCUGCAAAGUCACAGGAUCCAAGCAGCUUGCCUCUUCGACCAGUUCCCUUGGACGGACCACUCUGAGGUGGCGUUACGCCUCAUCCGUCGUCAAAAGCUUGGCGUGAGCAUGCCGCGAAGGUCUGACUUCAUGGCCGGUGGCAGCCAGGCUCCGCAAGCCGAUCUUACUUACUCCUUGUCCACCGUGCAGCGAAGCACGUCCUGGAGGAGAGAAUUCCGCGGAGAAGCUGAGGCCUUGAAAAACUGGCUGCAAAGGGUCGAGGUGCCGAUACCAGCUGUCCGCGAAAUGCUGGAACCUCGGCCCUUGCCCACCGCUGAGCGUGCCAUUUCCACAGCCCUGAAGUCCAUCGAGGCGAUGGCGAUGCCUUUUGCUCUUUGUUCGGGAAUGAGGUUGCACCUGGCUCCAGACGUUCAAUUGCGUGAUCGUUUUUUGUUUCAGCCUUUCCUCCAGUUUGUCCAAAUGGCUCCCGCCACUCCGGUGUCAGGCCUUUUUGCAGAUGUGCAGGUGGCUUACAUGCCCUUCGAGCGCAACUGGCAGCACUUAGCCGUUGAUCCGUUUUUCUUUUUUUUGGAGGUGGGAGCCAACAACCACGAGUUGGAGCGAGACUUCCUGGAGCCGAUGCUGCAAGAUCGAUCUGGAUUCGGGAAUGCUGGUGGUUUUCUGAUCAGUUUCGAGCCCCUUUUAGACAAGUACGGCUUCUUGCUUGCUUACGGCGCCCCCAGCAUGCACUUCGCGAAUCUGGGGCUUCAGCAUCGGCGGGCCCUGGUGUUGCCUUAUGCAGUGAGUACCUGCGACGGCCCAACAGCCACAUUUCAUGUGGCGCCGAUUGAUGGCUGUAGUAGCCUUCGAGCCCCGGCAAUUGACUUCAAGCGAAAGAACAUGGACGAAACGAGGUACACCAAGUCUUGGCCCAAAUGGGUCGAGGAAAACUGCUCGGCUUUGGCUGAGCGCAGGGAUGUGCCGUGCAUUUCUUUGGCGGUUGUGCUCAGUGAGUGGCUAGCGGGCCGUCCCAUUGCGCGAAUGAAGAUUGAUGCCCAAGGCAGUGACCUGGAUGUCGUCAAGUCGGCUGGGCCGUACUUGAAACAGCUUCUCUUUAUUGUCAUGGAGACACAAGGAACCUUCGAAGCACCGCUCUACGAAGGGCAGGCGAGCUGUGACCAGGUACAAGCUGAGAUGAGGGCCUUGGGAUUUAUCCUCGCCGACACACGAAGUCUUCCAGCUUGCAACAGGACCGGUGCAUUGCCGUACCCUUUCCACGAGGAGGACAUUGCUUUUGUGCGCCGGGAGCUCCACCACUUGUGGAGAGACUUCUAUCACGAACACCCCUACUGUCAACAUGGGAUCGUUUCUGCAGCUGGUGCCUGUGGUGGGCCUUAUUGCAUGGCACCAGAAUUCAAUAUGCACGUGAACCGCUCCGGAGGCUGUGCUGACCAGAUACAGGACAUCUUGGCUUUUCCCUCCGACGCGAUCGGAAUGGUCCUGCUGUGGACAAGUGCAAAUUGCAUUCGCAACAUCGAGGUCACUAUGGAUGGAAUGGGUCCUCGUAAUCUCCGGGUGCAGGUCCUACAAGGCCGGGCACGGGGCAAAAGACAGUGCCCCUCGAAGUUCGAUGCCGUCCAGUCCCUCCAUGGACCCAUCGUACGUGUUCGAUCUGGCUCUUCUGAUCAUCGCGUCCAAAUGCUUUUGCUACCAGGCUUCUUGAACAUCACUUCAGCAAAACUGGAAGAGGCAUUGGAGUACUUCUUCUAUGUUGUUGAAAACAGUGGCGCUUCAAACUUCCAUCUUAUCUGGCCACGCGCCUGUGUGGAGCUACGGGCGGAUGCCCUUCCGCAUCGCAUAUCUACUGGUUAUCGACCGGUGAACCAGCCAUCCGGCAGUACCUGUGCCAUGGAAAAAAGACAAGGUCUGUUGAAAUCCCUUAAAGGACCCGUCAGAAAAGUCCAAGAACUUCCUCUUAUGUUACGAGAAGCCGUAAGAUUCAAAUUCAGCGCUGGGCUCGAGCGCCAUGCAGUCACUUCAGAGUUGCUGCAUCUGUCCAGGAGGCUGACAAGGCUGGUGCCGCUUGGCUGCGCGAACGCGGGCCUGUCUGGUGCCCGCCACAAGAGACCAUGGGCCUGCUGCAAUGUAUUUUGCAAAGUCGGAGGAUUGUGCUGCAGAGUGUCGAGUUUGGAAGAGCAUUCGUUCCAGGUGCGAAUUGAACGACUACUGUGA